GAUACAACAUGGAGCUGAUGUUAACAAGACUGAUGAAGUUGGGAGGACAGCAUUUCACUAUCUGUGUGAGAGAGGCUGAGUUGAUGCGAGUGUUGUAGAAUUGGUGAAACAGCAUGGAGCUGAUCUUAACAAGACUGAUGAUGGGGGAAAUGCAGCAUUGCACUGUCUUUUUGCGAGAAGCAAAGUUGAUGCGACUGUUGUAGUACUGAUGAUACAACAUGGAGCUGAUGUUAGCAAGACUGAUGAUGUUGGAAAGACAGCACUUCACUGUCUGUGUGCGAGUGUCGAUGUUGAUGCGAGUGUUGUAGAACUGAUGAUACAACACGGUAAUGAUGUUGACAACACUGAUGAUGUUGGAAAGGCAGCAUUUCACUAUCUGAGAAAGAGGCGCAAUGUUGAUGCGAGUGUUGUAAAACUGAUGAUACAACACGGAGCUGAUGUUAACAGGAAUGAUAUCUAUGGAAGGACAGCAUUUCACUAUCUGUGUGAGAGGCGCAAUGUUGAUGCGAGAGUUGUAAAACUGAUGAUACAACAUGGAGCUGAGGUUAUCAAAACUGAUGAUGAUGGAAGGACAGCAUUUCACUAUCUGUGUGCGAGAGGCAAAGUUGAUGCGAGUGUUGUAGAAUUGAUGAAACAGCAUGGAGCUGAUGUUAACAAGACUGAUGAUGGGGGAAAUACAACAUUUCACUAUCUGUGUGAGAGGGUCAGUAGAGUCGAUGUUGAUGCGAGUGUUGUAGAACUGAUGAUACAACAUGGAGCUGAUGUUAACAAGACUGAUGAUGAUGGAAGGACAGCAUUUCACUAUCUGUGUGCGAGAGGCAAAGUUGAUGCGAGUGUUGUAGAAUUGGUGAAACAGCAUGGAGCUGAUGUUAACAAGACUGAUGAUCGGGGAAAUACAACAUUUCACUAUCUGUGUGAGAGGGUCAAGGCGAUGUUGAUGCGAGUGUUGUAGAACUGAUGAUACAACAUGGAGCUGAUGUUAACAAGACUGAUAAUGUUGGAAAGACAGCACUUCAUUGUCUGUGUGCGAGUGUCGAUGUUGAUGCGAGUGUUGUAGAACUGAUGAUACAACCCGGUGCUGAUGUUAACAGGAAUGAUAUCUAUGGAAGGACAGCAUUUCACUAUCUGUGUGAGAGAGGCAAUUCGAAGCGAGUG